CUCAACGCCAACUUCGCUUUCUCUGUUUCAAGGUUUCGCCAAGAACUUUUACUGUCGCCUUCCCUUCUACCUUGGCGACGGAUUCUCCAAGCUGGAAUAAUUGAACAGCCAAGAUGUCUGCAGGACAAGGAGAAACGAUGCGAACGCGAGCUAUAACAUCCACAUUGACUGCACGCUUGUCCCCGACCGUGCCAUCUACUUCUCAAACUUAUGAACCCCUUGUUAGGUCUGCGCUUCGACAGCGACUCAUCCACAACAUAUUCGCGUUCUCCGCUGCAUUCACCCUUGUUGCCAGCAUUCUUCUCGGGGGAGAGGAUGAGACGAGUACUUUCGUCAGGCUGCUUUCGCCGGGAACUUGGGCGAUGGCCUGCCUCAAGUGGUCCGUUGGUGUAUUGCCUGUGAUUGCUAUGAGAAAAGUUUACCUCACCUCUGCCGCCACACCUGCAACUUCACCAGCCAAAAUAAUCACAAAUGCUAUUGCAAAGCCAAGCACACGCCGAUGCUUGGCAGUGUACAUGUCAUGUACAUUGAUGCUUAUCACGCUCAAUUUAUGCUCAUUUACCUCGGAAGAACGUGAAAGCCUUCAUUUGAAUGUCUUCGUAAAGUCGAGGAAACAUCCGUACUACCUCAACGGUCGAUUGCUUUUCCUCAUCCUAGCCCAGUUGUGGCUAGCCGCUAGUUUCUUGCUUCGAAACAUCAUGUUAGACCGAUUUGUGUUCAGAUGGACGAAACCCUUGAACUCGUCGGAACUUCCAAUUGCCCCGAGCAAUCUUCUGAAGCUACUCUUAACGAUGACUCUUUUCACCUCAUUUUCAUCAUUGGUGUAUGGCGUCGCUUUUGGUGUAUCGCGGAUGCUUGUCCUUCCGCUGCUUUUAAAGCUUCCAGUGGUGAACACCAUUGUCCGGCCGUUUAUUGCACAUUUCGCAAAAGGUCCAUGGACUCUAACCCUACCUAUAUUGCAUUGGUCGCUUUUGGUUCGAUCGUUUAUGAUGGGCCUUGUGACUGUAAUGAGUUGGGAGUUCGCGGAGUCGUUAUUUGACGCGUAUGUUCCCCAGCCGAUCAAAGUUGGCACCCUUACUGCAGACCCUAAUGUGACGGUUGUCUCAGGGAUAACGACUCAGGACACGGUGUUCGCACAUUUUGCGUACUCUGAGUUAGCAGAACUGGCUUCGGAUGAAUCUUCGGCAGGGAGCGCUCGUAGAACAGCCCUGUUUGGUGAUCAAAAAUAUAGUCCGAGCUUGUGGAACGUGUUGGCCCGUCAAUCGCUCCUGCGUCUUGGACAGGAUUAUCAAACAUUCUUACGACGCGGUGCGCCGAUUACUCCACCUGUCGUUGUAGCUCCAGCAGCACCAAAACCCAAAGAUCCUCCAUCGACCCCUUUGAUUCGGAAGGCUAUCUUCAAGGCUCCGCGGCAAUCUCCUCUUGGCAGUAUGCUGGAUUCAGUUUCUUCGGAUUCGGAGCUCUCGAAGGCUGCGGAAGCAGUGGCAGGCGAAAUGGAGGAACGCGCAAGUCAAAUGCACAUUCCAGAACUCUUCCGAUCUGUAGCGCAGUCAUCUGCGGCUGCCCCAGCAGCCAGCGCAGUCCUGACUAGACCGACACCAAGCAUCAUCUCCGACUGCGUUGCACAGCUGAAGGCGUACGGCGGGGCUCUCUUUGUGGGCCACUGUCCAGCUUGGUUGCAGGAGUCGGCGAUAAGAUGGAAUAAAUGGGUUUAUCGAGAGCGCUUGAAUAAGGUCGUUGAAGUCUGUUUGCCAAAUAGGGAGCUUGAUGCACUCAUCAUCGAAGCGCUAUCGCACUUCGUCUGUGCUUCCCUAAGCGAGGAUCGGUAUGGUGUGGUUCAAAGGGACAUACCACGCAUCAUCGAAGCUUUCCUCUCGUUUUUAUCUGCGAUCGAGGAGUAUCAGAUCGAAGUGAACGCUAAAUACACACCACCGACGCCCGAUGAACUCUCGCAAGGCGACACGAAGAUAUUGGAAGAAAAAGAGAUGAUCCGUGUAGAAGUUGCCAGAGCGGGCGACGUGCUCGUCGUUGUCUCAGAUGCACUGAAGACUGGGGUGGCAAAUAUUUCACGGACGUUCGGCGACAAGCUAGUUGCUUUCAAAUUCCCUCCUCGGACGGCACGGAAGCUACAGUCAUUUGUUGACUACACCUAGUGUUUCGGCGAUUUAGAAUCAGGGAUGAUCAUCAAAUCCUCUAAACCCCAGGCUCCUGGUGACUGCUCGCAUAUUGUGCAUCUCGUGAGGUACUAGCGGCAGCAUUGUUCGAACUUCAGUAACUUAGGGCAGGCAGCCCCCGCUGUAUUUAUCCUUCGAGCUUCAGAACGUCAUACUAUCUAUCGCAACCAACUAAUGAUCCUGUGCUAGAACGUGCAUCGUAAAUGUGUGCUUAUCGCAUCAACGUAUCUUUAUGCGGA